AUUUUGUCCACAACACCUGAAGGCACCAGUAUCAACAGCCUCUCAGAGGUUCCCUCAUCAAAUGGGUGUGGAUCAACUGCGCAUGUGCAUGACUGAGCUCUUUCGUUUGCUAAGUCGGAUUUAUCUAGGGGGUCUACAUCAAAAACCGAAAAUAAAAGAGUCAUGUCAGGUUUUCUGGACGGAAUCCGGUGCGGAGACUGCGAGUGCAAUGUGGACUGGGGAGAGAGAAGAAACACCAUCGCAUCUAUAGCUGCUGGAGUACUGUUCUUCACUGGUUGGUGGAUCAUCAUCGACGCAGCAGUGAAAUAUCCUGAUGAGGGACAGUUUCAUCAUGCCUAUCACACUUGUGGAGUCAUCGCUACAGUGGCCUUUCUCAUGAUCAAUGCUGUUUCAAAUGGCCAGGUGAGAGGAGACAGCUACAGUGAAGGCUGCAUAGGGCAGACAGGCGCUCGAGUGUGGCUCUUCCUUGGCUUCAUGCUGGCUUUUGGCUCCCUCAUUGCCUCCAUGUGGAUUCUGUUUGGAGGAUUCGUAGUGCCUCAAAAGCCUGUUGUGUACCCUGGUAUUGCCAUUUUCUUCCAAAAUGCAUUCAUUUUCUUUGGGGGUUUGGUCUUCAAGUUUGGACGUACAGAGGAUCUGUGGCAGUAAUGGACUCUGUGUGUCUCUCUUUAUGUCCACUGUUUAACUCUGCUUUCUAUAUUGUAUGACACAAUAUGCUUUAGCAGUUAUUCACUUUAUAUAUAAACUUUUUUAGCUUUCAAAUUAACAUGUUUAAUUUAUAUAGUUUGCUGUAUAAUGGCUAAAUCAUAACUAAGCACAUAGUUUAGAUUCCUUGAAAGUUUGAAUAUUUUCAAGUGUGGCAUCUUGAAAUGUGUCUAUUUGCACUCAGACUGUAUAGUCAUGUUGUUAUAAUGGUUUACAACUUGUGUAUAAAACAAUUGGGAGCUUUCUUCCUUCAACAGUCCCCAUUUCCUUUGGGUAUACUUACUUCUAUGACACCCUUUAAUUUGAACAGUCUCUUAAGUGGAAAUAACAAAUUAUUAUGAUACAAAAAAUCUUUGAGGGCAAUAUGUCAUAAUACUGUACACAUUUACCAAAUGCAACCAUAUGGGGUUGUUUGUAUUUUUCCUGAAAUAACACGAUGUCAGCUCUGAAACUUGCAGUCAUCCAGAUUUAUUGUUGAAGGUGUAACAUCCAAACCAUGAGGUCAGUUUCUGACAAUAAAUGAGUCUUGCAUUCAUG